AUGUCGAGGAGCGUCUUGCGCCAGUCUGGCCGCAUUGCUGGUGCCCUAUCUGCAUCGGGCAGAAUAGCUGCAUCCCGUGUCGUCACCCCUGCACCUCUCAAUGCUGCCUCAAAACAAGUCCGAUCAUACGCUGCUGAUGCCAAAGCAUCUCCCACCGAAGUUUCCUCCAUCCUCGAGCAAAGAAUCCGUGGUGUGCAAGAGGAAGCUGGCCUCGCCGAGACCGGCCGCGUCCUGUCCGUCGGUGACGGUAUUGCCCGUGUCCAUGGCAUGAGCAAUGUCCAGGCCGAGGAGUUGGUCGAGUUUGCCUCUGGUGUCAAGGGAAUGUGCAUGAACUUGGAAGCCGGUCAAGUCGGUGUCGUGCUUUUCGGUUCGGAUCGUCUUGUCAAAGAAGGAGAAACCGUCAAGCGAACUGGCCAGAUUGUCGAUGUCCCUGUCGGUCCGGCUUUGCUUGGCCGUGUUGUCGACGCUCUGGGCCAGCCAAUCGAUGGCAAAGGCCCCAUCCAAGCCGCUGAGAGACGUCGUGCUCAAUUGAAGGCUCCUGGUAUUCUUCCUCGACGAUCUGUCAACCAGCCCGUCCAGACCGGUCUCAAAUCUAUCGACGCAAUGGUGCCUAUUGGACGUGGUCAGCGUGAAUUGAUUAUUGGCGAUCGUCAAACCGGAAAAACUGCCGUUGCUCUCGACGCCAUGUUGAACCAGAAGAGAUGGAACAACGGCAAUGACGAGACCAAGAAACUUUACUGCGUUUACGUCGCUGUUGGUCAAAAACGAUCUACCGUUGCUCAACUUGUCAAGACCCUCGAAGAAAACGACGCCAUGAAGUACUCUAUUGUUGUCGCUGCCACCGCCUCCGAGGCAGCCCCUCUGCAAUACAUUGCUCCUUUCACUGGCACUGCAAUCGGAGAAUACUUUAGGGACAACGGAAUGCAUGCUCUCUUGAUCCUAGACGAUCUCAGCAAGCAGGCCGUUGCGUAUCGUCAAAUGUCUCUGCUGCUCCGCCGACCUCCUGGGCGUGAGGCCUAUCCUGGUGAUGUGUUCUACCUCCACUCCCGACUUCUGGAACGAGCUGCCAAGAUGAACGACAAGCACGGUGGUGGCUCUCUGACUGCUCUCCCCGUCAUUGAGACCCAGGGUGGUGAUGUGUCUGCCUACAUUCCUACCAACGUUAUUUCGAUCACCGAUGGCCAGAUUUUCUUGGAGGCCGAGCUGUUCUACAAGGGUGUCCGACCUGCGAUCAACGUCGGUCUGUCUGUGUCACGUGUGGGCUCUGCUGCGCAGCUGAAGGCCAUGAAGCAAGUUGCCGGUUCCUUGAAACUCUUCUUGGCCCAAUACCGAGAAGUGGCUGCAUUCGCGCAAUUCGGUUCCGAUCUUGAUGCCGCAACCAAGCAAACUCUGAGCCGUGGUGAACGUCUGACGGAGCUCUUGAAGCAGAAGCAAUAUAGCCCCAUGGCUGUCAACGAAAUGGUUCCCCUCAUCUAUGCUGGUGUCAACGGUCACCUGGACUCUGUCCCCGUCGGCAAGAUCUUGCAAUGGGAAGCUGACUUCCUCGCACACUUGAAGAGCAACCACCCCGAAAUUCUUGCUAAGAUCGACAAGGAGGGUCAAUUGAGCAAGGAUCUCGAGCAACAAUUGAAGGAGGUGAUUGUCAACUUUACCAAGAAUUUCUCAUAG